CACGCCAUAGAGAAGGACCUCUGAGUAAAUAGUUUGCUCAGCUCUUUCGCGUCUUCGUGUGCUUUGCUGGACUUGUCCCCUCUCCUCCGUGCAGCGCCUCCCUGUGGCCAGUUCCCAUUCCAUCAGAUGCGGUGUUGUUACAAAGCCUUUGAAAUUGACCAGGGAGGGGAAUUUCAGCAGCAUCUGGCUUACCGGGAGGUGGUGAGAGCAGGGCCUCUUGCCUCCAAUCUUCCGGCCUCCUCGUCGACCCCCACCCCCGACCCAGGGACAGCACGUCCAUCUCAGCGCUCUGGGGUGCUCGCCCUCUGCCCGGCUGCCUCGGGGAGUGUGCCGUGGGCCGACUUCCUGGGGGACUCCCUGUGCCAGGCAUUGUCCUGGCGGAGCUGGGUCACGGGCCCGAGAGGGAACCUGGCACUUCUGGGCAAUGCCAACACUCCACACGGCACACCCACCGGCACCAAGGAGCAGCAUGUCCGCCCUGGCCAACCUGACGCAGACCCUGGAGGACGCCUUCAGGAGGGUCCUCGUCGGGUACAUGGACGCGUGGCGCCGGAACACGACCGCCCAGCAGGAGGCCCUGCAGGCCCGGGUGGACGCCGAGAACUUCUACUACGUCAUCCUGUACCUCAUGGUGAUGAUCGGCAUGUUCUCCUUCAUCGUGGUGGCCAUCCUGGUGAGCACGGUGAAGUCCAAGCGGCAGGAGCACUCCAACGACCCCUACCACCAGUACAUCGUGGACGACUGGAAGCAAAAGUACAAGAACCAGAUCCUGAGCCUGGAGGAGGCCAGGGCCACCGUCCACCAGAACCUCGGCGCGGCGGGCUUCAAAACGUCCCCGUGAGCCUGGCCGGCGUGGCUCGGCGGAGAGAGCCUCGGCCUGCGGACCGAAGGGUCCCGGGUUC